AACGUUUUCUACAUAAUUCUCUUGGUGUUUAGCACGACAGGUACCACGAACUUUCGCUAGCCUUUUUCUACAUGAUGCAUCCGCGUUCAGGAGAACGGGUGUCAUGAGAUGCAAGUGUUCGUGGUCAGUGCGGACGCGGACAAGCUGCAGAACUCGGACCAGAUCCGAGACUGGGACCUUCGCUUGCACAGGCUGGAGCCGCUUAGUACAACGAGCCCAGAGGAAGAGGACGAACAGGAGGACCUGGUGCGACUCCGCCGGCCCGAGCGGCAAGAACAGCACCGCGAGUCGGUUCUGUGGAACCAGAGAAGAAGUGUCGCACAGAGAACACCGCAGUUUGGCAUUCGGGCGGUGGCACGGUACGAAUGGCAAACGAACCAAGAUGGUGGCCGCAAUUCGGGGAUGAAAACUACGCACAUUCGGUUUGCGGCCCCGCCGCCCGGGGAUCACACCUGUGGUCAGAACGCGCACCCGGCCAGAGGAGCGGAUACCCUCGGGGAGUUCCAAAAGCGAGUGCGGGGCGCACUCCGUGCGGCGGCCCGCGUGGAUCUGGCCGGCACCGACGAGCCUGGGAGGGCGAACUCUGGCGCAUACCGCGGCCGCCGUCACCGUGUCCUCCUGGGGCCCGCACGAAAUAAAUCUCGCGCAGGCGAGGAGGACCAACCGCAGCCCUGGCUUUUUGUGGAGGAGGACGUGGGUGAUGGCGAAGCGACGGACGGGUCGAGACGGUUGCACCUGCUCUGUUCCCUGCACAAUGGCAGGCAGAGGGCUUCGCAUGACGAGCUGGCGUCAAGUGGGGCGGAGCGCCUAGUUCCGGGACCGUGGGAGAGGCAGAUCAACUGGUCUGCCGAUGACAAGGACGCGUUCUUGUACACUUUUGGACGCGUGCUGCAGGCGGCGCCGGGACGAUCAACGAGUGCCUCAUCUUCAUCUUCAGGGGCCUCCACCAAAGACCCCGCGGCAGAGGGAUUUUUGCUCGACGGCAAGAAGAACACCAUGCAAGAACAAGCCCCGGUUUCCGACGUGGAAGAGAGGCGAGUGGAACUCCUCAGCGAAUGGUUCGUUGACAGGAUCGUCAAUGCGAUACUCUAUCGAGCCUGGCAGGCGCCAGGCCCCCUUGCACGAGCCGUCGUGCAAUCCGGGUAUGCUAGUACGCGUACCGGACGCAGUAUCGAACCGAAAAGAGUAUUUCCUUGUGGACUUCGUGUGGCGCAACGGACGAUGCCACAGCACACAAGUAUUUUUCUUGCAGCUACACAUGCGAGACAGCGGAUUCUUAGAUUUAGUUUCCGUUUCCCUACGGCAGCACGCAUGGCAAAUACUGAUAUUCCCUUUCCUGAUCAGCAUGUACUGACCAGCUUUGUGAUGCAAAAUUGGCCAUGUAGUCGUUACAUCAGUGAAACACUUUUUCGUGCGAUGCGCAUAGCCGACUUCGCAGCGCAGCUAGCACAAUCUGCAGGGAGUCGGGAGGAACGGGCACGGCAGUUUGACAAGAUCGUUUUGGAGCCCGGGUUGACGGCCGCAGUGACAAGACUCGCGGCUAGCGCGCCUUCUCUCAAAUCGCUGCAGCCUUUCCUGCUGAAGCAGUUCAGCAGCGAUGGCAGGAUCCGGCAGAAACUUCAAGAAGUCAUCACCAGGAUUUAUUCCGGUGACCUGGUGGCAAACCCACAUUUCUUAGCGAAGGAGAUCGGAGAGCGAAUAGCGGACGCAGAACGGGAAACGCGGACGGAAAUCCU